AUGUACACCUCUGCCAUGUCCGUCUUCGACGGAGUGCUGGGCUUGGGCUUUGACAACCUCGCCUUUGGAGGCUCGCCUUUGGUCCAGGUCCUGAUCAAUUCGCGGCAGCUCAAGGAGCCCGUCUUUGGUUUCUAUCUGGGGGACCAGGAGGACGGUCAGCUGGUGCUCGGUGGAGUGGAUGAGAAGCACUUCGAGGGCAAGUUUCAUUUCCUCCCAGUGGUCUCCACCGCCUAUUGGCAGGCCGCUUGA